GCAGGACCAUAGAGUGUAAGUGCAGGGCGUGAUUGCAUAUCUUUGGAUGGUUAUGUUUGAAAGGUGUGUUGACUUGUGGAGUAAAGUCCCGGCGUGACACUCGACGUUAGAUCGUAAUAAUUUUUUUUUCCAAAUGUUCCAGAUGACGAAAUAAAAAUGCUAGUUGGCGGCCACGGCGAAUCUAAUCCGAACACAAACUGGCUGGACAGUCGUGGUUUAUGGAUUAGUUACGCUGUGGGGAUGCUUGUGCUUCAUCUGAUUCUUCUAAGUAUACCAGUUUUCAGUGUAGCAUUUGCUUGGACUCUUACGAAUAUCAUCCAUAAUUUGUGUCACUUUUUUUUCCUUCACUUCGUGAAAGGCUCACCAUGGGUUCCUCAAGAUCAAGGGGACAGUAGGGAACUUACCCACUGGGAGCAAAUUGAUUAUGGAGAGCAGUUUACUGUUACUCGGAAAUUCUUGACGGUUGUGCCCAUUGUACUGUUUUUCCUGGCUAGCUACUACACAAGGUAUGCAACUGGACAUUUCGUAGUGAAUUUUGUAUCGAUGAUGUUGGUCUUGCUGCCGAAGCUACCACAGUUCCACAGAGUGAGACUUUUUGGUAUAAAUAAGUACUAAGUAUUUUUCUGAUGACUUACUGUGUGUAAAAUUAUACAAUGUUACAGACGUCACUGCAUCUUUUGCAGAUGCACUGUACUUACAGUAUAAACUGCCAUUAUGUUUGAGAUUGCAGUUAAGUGUGUGUGUUUUUUAAACACUCUCAAACUUUGAGAAGUGUAUGGCAGGUGUUGUUACUUCAGUUUGUGUGUAAAACUUUCCAGAUAAACACGAUAUUGUUCAGACUUUCGUUGCAUUGAUUUUACCUCUGUUGUUUGACAAAUUUCUUUUGGUUAGGAUAUUUGUGUAAAAAGAAAGAAAUCCAGUUUUGUUUAAAUAAACUCACUGAAAUGGUGA